AUGUCUUCGACAGCCCACUUCCCCGACGCCGAGGGCUUUCAACAACAGUCUGACAACUUCAUGUCAUGGUUGCAAGCCAGCCCCGGUGUGCAGCUCAACCCCAAACUCAGACUCGCAGAUCUUCGAGCCACUGGAGCGGGUCGUGGUGUUGUGGCACAAAGCAACAUCUCGGAAGGUGAAGAACUAUUCUCGAUUCCGCGCGCCAUGGUCCUCACCGUGCAGAACUCAGAGCUGAGGACCCUGCUCGGGGAGAAUCUAGAGGAGCAGAUGGGUCCGUGGCUCUCCCUGAUGCUGGUCAUGGUGUAUGAAUACCUGCAAGGAGAAAAGUCGAGAUGGGCUCCGUAUUUCCGAGUUUUGCCUUCUCGUUUCGACACCCUGAUGUUUUGGUCGCCUGCCGAGUUGCAGGAGCUGCAGGCUAGCACUAUUGUUGAGAAGAUUGGUCGUUCAGGCGCCGAGGAGUCGAUUAGGAACUCCAUCGCUCCUAUUUUGGCAAAGAGGCCGGAUCUCUUCCCUCCUCCUCAAGGUCUUGCGUCUUGGGAGGGCGAUGCUGGUGAUGCUGCCCUUAUCCAAGUGGGCCAUAUCAUGGGGUCCCUCAUUAUGGCCUAUGCCUUUGACAUCGAGAAGUCUGAGGAUGAUGAUGACGAGGGAGAGGCUAACGAUGAGAGUUACAUGACUGAUGACGAAGAGGAGGAGCAGCUCCCUAAGGGUAUGGUCCCGCUCGCGGAUCUGCUUAACGCUGAUGCGGACCGAAACAACGCCCGUCUCUACCAGGAAGAAGAUCUCCUCCGCCGAUACGGCUAUGUGACCGAUAACUACGCUGUUUACGACGUGCUUGAGCUAUCGUUGGAAACCAUCUGCGAAGCCGCAGGACUUCCCAACGCAGAUGUCGAAUCCCAGCCCCGACUUGAGUUCCUCGCAAGCCUCGACAUCCUCGAUGACGGCUAUGUAAUCCCCAGGCCUGUGAACGCCAACCCGUCUUUGCAAGACAUACUGCCAGCCGAGUUGGUGGUUCUUCUGGCUACGCUGACUCUCUCCGCCGAGGAGUUCAAGCAGCGUGUGUCCAAGGACAAGGCUCCUAAGCCGGUCUUGGACGCCAAUUCGACCGCUAUCUUGAUCAAGGCGCUGCAAAAGCGACAGGAGCAAUACGCUACGUCCCUGGCCGAUGACCUCCAACUUAGGGCUUCGCUUUCUCCGUUGCCCGAGACUGGUGACGUGGAUGAGGGGGCUCGUCGCGUACGGAUGGCCUUGCAGGUUCGCAUUGGCGAGAAGGAGGUCUUGCAGGCUGUCUUGGGCAUGCUGCAGCCCGCUACUUCUAAUUCAUUGAAACGUUCCGCCAACGGCGAUGAUGGCGAAUCGCGCCAGUUCAAGACGCAGAGGGUGUGA